GGACUCCGGGGGCUCGCGUGGCUGCCCGCGCCGCGGCCACCUCAGACCCAGCCUGGAACUGCAGGGCCGGGUGCCGCCGGCCGUCACCAUGGCCACCCCUGCGGACGGUGCGCCCGCCUCCCUGAACAGCCCGGUGACCAUCCCGGCGGUGAUGUUCAUCUUCGGGGUGGUGGGCAACCUGGUGGCCAUCGUGGUGCUGUGCAAGUCGCGCAAGGAGCAGAAGGAGACGACCUUCUACACGCUGGUGUGCGGGCUGGCCGUCACCGACCUGCUGGGCACGCUGCUGGUGAGCCCGGUGACCAUCGCCACGUACAUGAAGGGCCAGUGGCCCGGCGGCCAGGCGCUGUGCGAGUACAGCACCUUCAUCCUGCUCUUCUUCGGCCUGUCGGGCCUCAGCAUCAUCUGUGCCAUGAGCAUCGAGCGCUACCUGGCCAUCAACCACGCCUACUUCUACAGCCACUACGUGGACAAGCGGCUGGCCGGCCUCACGCUCUUCGCCGUCUACGCGUCCAACGUGCUCUUCUGCGCGCUGCCCAACAUGGGCCUGGGCAGCUCGCGGCUGCAGUACCCGGACACCUGGUGCUUCAUCGACUGGACCACCAACGUGACGGCGCACGCCGCCUUCUCCUACAUGUACGCGGGCUUCAGCUCCUUCCUCAUCCUGGCCACCGUGCUCUGCAACGUGCUGGUGUGCGGCGCGCUGCUCCGCAUGCACCGCCAGUUCAUGCGCCGCACCUCGCUGGGCACCGAGCAGCACCCGGCCGCCGCCUUCGCCUUCGUGCGCGUGUUCGUGAACCAGCUGUACCAGCCCAGCCUCGUGCGGGAGGUCAGCCGAAACCCAGACCUGCAGGCCAUCCGCAUCGCCGCCGUGAACCCCAUCCUGGACCCCUGGAUCUAUAUCCUCCUGCGCAAGACCGUGCUCAGCAAGGCCAUGGAGAAGGUCAAGUGCCUCUUCUGCCGCAUCGGCGGCGCGGGCGUCAUCUGCUGUAUCUUUUUCGACUGGAAUAUUGAAAAUUUUUAUUUUGAUAUGUCAAAUUUAGAGAAAAGGUGCAAGAAUAGUACACAGCCUUGGGUCUGCUUAGUGGAGAAUGGUGUUCAGAAACCAAGCUUUUCAAAACGAGCCAUGAAGUUUGCCCUCUUCCACCACUCCCCCCACACCAAACCUGAGUCUAGAUGCUGCAAGUAUCUCAUGACUGCUCUCCAGGUACACCAGAAAUGGAACCAGACCAAAGAGACUCAGCGAGAGAACAUUUGA